CAAGACGCCAUAUCAACGCACAAACUCCGAGUAUGGGUCACCAUACUUGGCCACACUUUUCACUUUCAGAAAUGCCAAUUUAUUUGAUUUUAUUUAUUUAUUUAGUCUAAUUGACAGUUUUUAUUUUUAUUAUCUACCAAAUACACUGCUGGACAAUAAAAAAAAAUUGUAUUCUAUAGUAUUUUUUCCCCAAUAUUUUCCUAAUGACAAUUAUAUUUAUUCACACUGGUCCUUGAAAACCUCUGUGUGAACAAAAAAGUGUGGGGAUGAAUUUACCUUAUUAAAGGUGACGAGGACACAUCCCCUGCAUAUUCUACACCCAUGAACUGAAGCAUGUGCUACUUUCAUGCUUCUCACAUCACACCACACACCUGCUCUCUCUCAUUUCAUACAAAUGCAACUGAAGUCAUAUUGUGUCUAUUCUAAAAAUUACAGAAAGUGUAUGGAUAUAUUAUUUUGUUUGUCCAUUGUAAUGAACUGAUUUUAGCUUUAAAAUAAUAUACAGGCAAGCUUAAAAUAGGUUACUAUAAACUUGAAUCAAUAUUUAAUUUUCACACAUUUAUUUCUAUAACUGUGCUCAUGUGUUUGUGUCUCUCCAGUCAUUAUAGUGUCAGUGAAAUUGCAUGUAGAUUUAAGCACUGAAAUUAUUUUUGAAUUAUAAGUUUAACAACAGACAGGAACUUACUAAACUAAAAACAGGCCAAUCGCAAGAUAUUUGGUGUGGGGGCACCUGGGGUAGCCAACCAGAUAUCAUUGCGGCCAGUGCCACCCCUAUCCACCAUGAAGCUCUGCCCCGUUUAUAUGUCUGGCGUUACACUAUUUAGAUAUUUGGCAACUAGUUAAUAUUAAGCUCAAUUUAUCAGCAAAACACAAUGCGGAUUCUAUAUUUCUCCAUCAAGAAGAAUAGUAUGAAAGUAUGCAAUUUUGGAUUCAGCCAUUGUCUAUAUCUUCUUUACCUUUUAGUUAUUCGUCCCUGUUGAUUCUUUUUCACUUCCUGUGUUGAGCUUGUUUCCUUGGUUACAUAUUAGUCACACAUGUAUCUUGUUUAGUUCCUUGUAUCCUCCUUAUUUUAUUUUAUUUUUUUAACAUAACAGUGGGCGCACAGCCAUUUCACACAUAUGCAAGACUUCCGGUGACAAUAGCUUCUAGUUAUUUUGCAUGCACAAAAACAGUCCACUAGGCUGCUUUACAUUGCAAACUGGUAAUUUAUCAUUUUAGCAUUAAAACUAAACAAAAAUUAUUGUAUCAUUUACGUUUCCCACUUUCUCCUAAUUGAGCAAGUAUGUGUUUAAAUAACUAACCCUGAUUUUUCCAGUUAUCACUCAGAUGUGUGUUUCAGGUAUGAUUGGAGCAGAAGUGACUCAUGUGUUCUGCAGUUCUGGUGAAAAUGUCCGUCUGUCCUGUAAUAAUGCUCUUUCUGGCUGCACAUCAACUACAUGGAUCUAUAGCAGACAUUCAGUGGCAGUUGAACUGAUUACUGGAGGUAUAAAGAAGAAAUACAUAGAGGGACAUGAGAGACUGAGUCUGGGCUCUGACUGCUCUCUGAACAUCAAGAAAGUCACAAAAGAAGAUUGUAGACUUUACUCCUGCCGACAAUAUGUGAAUGAAGAACAACAAGUAACUGAUGCACGUGUUUAUCUGCAUGUUCUUCAUGUCUCUUCAUCAUCCUCACAGUCUGAGAUCAGAUCAGGCCGCUCUGUGACUCUCUCCUGUCAGUUAUAUUAUGAUCGAGUCUCUUGUGAUACUUUGGUUGGUUCUGAGGGAAUUGAUCUGAUCUGGGUGAAUCAGGCUGGUGUGAAUCUGCAGACAGACUCCAGAUUUCAGAUAUUCUCCUCAGAACAGUGUCUCAGCUCUCUGACUACAACACUCCUGAAUGAAGAUCACAACAGAGAGUGGAGAUGUCAGGUUACACAGAGAAACCAGCUCAAGACCUCAGCCACAUAUACUGUCAAGUAUUCAGCUCCGACCGAAACAAAGACACCGUCUCCAGUCACCAGCUCUACAUCAGCUGCAGCUCCUACACAACCAGGUGUAAAGGAUUCAACACUGAUUCCAGUCAGCAGCUCAAACUCUGAGAAAUCAAGCCAAACUACAGCAGCUCCUACAACACGAGUGAUUGGGAUUGUUGUUGCCGCUGCAUCAGCUGUUCUUCUUGCUGUUGUUCUCUGGGUAAUUUGUAAAAAAAGAGCCGAUAACAGAAGAGGGACUAAUGACUCUGUGUUCACAGAUAAGAAUAAUGGAGCCAGUGAUUCAGUCAGCAGGUCCAUUCAUCUGACUCCCAGCACUAAUGAGCAUAAAGAUGACGUGACUUAUACUGAGGUUGCUACACACUGUACAAUCCAAGCCAGAAAGAAGGAGGUUUAUGAUGAUGAUAAAGUGACUUAUUCUUCCAUCAGAGGAGCAACAGCUGGACCUCAGGAUGACUGCAGUCAACUUUAUGCCUCUGUGAACAAGAACCAUCACAAAUAAGUCAAACAGUCAUUAAUUAUACAAUUAUAGUGAAUAUAAACCUUAUAUAAUUGACCCCAUAGAUUUCCAUUCAGUGCCAUUAUAAAUAAUGUCUUUCGUAUAUUAAAGGCAUAGUUCACUAAUACAUUAAAAUUCUGUCAUUUACUCACCCUCAAAGUUGCGUUUGGUGGUUAGUUUGUGUGUAAAUGCAUAUUUCUGAUUAACUUUUUGCACUUUUGAUGUUAUUUCUAGCGGUAAAUUGGUAUUAUAGUAAUUAAAUAUUUGUUUAGUUAUCACCAAAACUCGUUCUAUUUUGUUGUAGAUCAUUAAACAGUUACGCUGCCUCAGAAGCCUGUCCGAAAUCAGUUUUGUGAGGUGCCUCCGUGCAAAAACGCUGCCUGCAAAGUCAUUGCCUCACAAGACAGCGAGGCAGCAAGUCAGCUGCCUAAGUUUUCGGAUGCAGCCACUGUUUAGCUCCGGUUUAGCUCUGGGUAGAACCAUUGGGCGAAUUCCAAACGGCUUUUUUUGCGCCCUUGAAGAGCACUUCGGGAAGGGGACGCCAUUUGUAGGGAUGUUCCAAACGAAAGUGAGCAACUGAUUCCCUUCACGAAGGACUUGGAUAAAGUUGGUUUUAUAUUCACACAUUUCCGCGUUCAAUAACUUUCUAAUUAUAUGUGCAAUAGAGUUAUUUUUUUGAUAAUUCUAAUCAGCGACGUCAUUGUCAACCUACAAUUUCAAGUCAUUUGGUAUGGGAGUUUAUAUGAAUGUAUCUCUGAGGGAAACUGGCUGUCUUAAAAAAAGUUUAGAUGGUAUUUUCUUCUUAUCUUGCCUCUGUAUAAUGCAUAUUAAAGUAGUGUUCAUAACUGCAGCGCUGCUUUUACAGCGGCAUCCAAGGAAACGAUGUUUAAUUGAUGUUCAAGCGCCACCUGCUGGCAGAGAGUGAAUCUGCAUUAAUUCAGCCUGUCUGCUGUUUUGUUUCAUACAGAUGUUUUAUGUAGAAUAGUUUCAC